AUGGCGGGACAGCAAGGAGAGAAAACAAAAACAAAGCACAAUUUGAAUUUCCAAAUGUCUAAUUUAUUUUCUAAACAGACUUCAUAUCAACAUUCAGAGACGUCAGAUUGAUUAACGUUUCUCUUUGUCAGUCAGUUUGAGAUAAACUUGUAUACUUCACAAGAAAAUGUUUGAAGACGAUGAUGACUUCGAAAUUGACGAGGAAUUCUUGGAUGGGGUUUUUGAUGCCGAGAAGUCAGCCACACAAAGGGAUGUAUCCAAUGUCUCACUAGAUAUCACACGAAAUGAGCCUGAAGAUUCCAUCAAUAAUGCUCUAGAACCAUCACCAGUAAAGAGAAGAAAAUCUUCACCCAGUAGCUCAUCGUCAUCUUCUAGUAGCAUGGAUGCGGCUGUGCGAACAAGUGAAGAAAGUGCUCGUCUGAUUGCAGUAGCAGCUCAAAGACGCCAAUCAUCACAAACAAUAUCAGGCAUUCAUUCUAAUCAAGACUCACAUGAAAAAGAUGUUGACAAAGAAAGCACACCAUCUCAAAAUGAAUUUGGCUUACAAUUUGGUAAUAACAAACAAUCCAAUGCCAGUGGUCAUACUUUUUUAAAACCAACUGCCCCCUGUGAUAAAGGCAUUGGCGUAAACAACUCUCCAGUAUCUAGAAGUUCACCCCGAGGCAGUCUGAUCUCUGAGACCUCAUUUACUAUGAAUACCUCGAGAGUAGUUCGUCAAAGGAAAUUUCCAGGUCCUGCUGGCCUACUUCCUGACAGAGGAAGAACUCAUGUCCAGGGACAGCGACCCAAUUUUUCUUCACUGUUAGAUACCUCUGGUAGUGACUUAGAAGAUGAGGAGCCCUUGUGUUCCCAGUCAGCAGCAUCUGUACUGGAAGAUGGACCUUGGUCGGCAUUGCAGAGUGAUCUUGCUGGUGAAGGACAUAGUUUAUUGAGACGUUACACCAUUACAUGGGUUAAACAGAAAGCAGCUGCUCGGCAACUUGUGGGACAGAAAAUACCAUUCUUAGCAGCAGUUCUUCACAGCAUAGAUUGUUCCUCCCCAGAUCCUUGCGUUGUUCUAAGAGAUCAAACAGGUGAAAUUCCAGGCACACUACACAGAUCUGUAUGGGACAGUUUUGGUGGACAGCUGGUUGCUGGCUCUGCAUUGGUGCUUAGAUUAGUUGGGGUCUUAAGCACAGGCAUUUCUGCUCGGCGGCAUUACCUCAAUAUUACAUCCAAUAAUAUAGUUACAAUUUAUAGUUCCCCACUUUGUGAAUCAUCAGUGCCUGAUACUCGCCACAAAGUUCGAAAAACAGAUGUGCACAAAUGGACUUUAACGCAGCUUUUGCAAGCUGCUGAUGGUUGGGAGGAUCAAAGGAAACGUAAGAAAGAUGUCAGUACUGGUGCUCAUCCCACAUUGUUACAAGGAACCACCAAUCCAUUUUCUUCGAAUAUGCUGAACCGAAACAGUGGAACUGCCAGACCUCCAAUGCAGCUCUCUAGCCAUAGUAACAAUACUCCUGCUGUCAAUACUGGGAGCUUGUCAACACGACCUCCAGUGCAAAGUGCAAAUUUCUCCCGUGGUGCACCACACUUGACUGUGAGUGGCAUUGCGAGGCCACAGAUGCAGUCUGUGAACAGAGGUUCUGUUGCAUCCUCUUCACCUCAGGCUGCAUCUCAAAACAACCCUCUUAGGCAACAGAACAGUUUCCCAAAGCCUGCAAACUGUGAUGCGCCAGCCGCUCAGGGGAGAUUUGUGCCAAAAAGACCAACAUUUUCUGUUGGAGGACAAGCAAGGACAGAGGCCAUCCCCUGUUCAACAUCUUCUGUUACCCAAGGCAACCAGUCUACUGUUAAUACCUCAAAGGAUUUAUUUUCAGAUGCAGAUGAUAUUGAUAUUAGCAGUGUGUUAGAUGGUAUUGAUUCUGAAUCGCUCUUUGGAGAGUUUUGAGAGUUGAAUCUGUUUGCUCACUUUAAAAAACUUAUUGUAAAAUUAAAAUGUUUUGUUAAUAUAUCUUAUGUUAUCUCUUUCACAUUUUCGAACAAUCAACAACCUGAGCACUUUGUCCCACACGGCAA